AUGUCACAUGUAUCAGUCAAGCACAACAGUAGGUUGUCAGACCUAGUAGGAUAUAAAUUAAGGGUUCUUACUGAAGAUGGAAGAGUAUAUAUCGGGGAGUUGAUGGCAUUUGAUAAACAUAUGAAUGUAAUUUUGAGUGAUUGUGUGGAAGAAAGGAUACCUAAACAAGAACAGUUGAAAUUGAGACAAAACAAAACUAUUGAUGAAGUUAAAGUUGAGAAAAGAACAUUAGGUUUAGUGAUCUUAAGAGGUGAACAUAUUUUGACUACAGUAGUACAGGAUAAACCACUCAUAUCGAAGAGAGAGCGUUUAGUCAAGGAAAAGCAACAACAAAAGGUAUUAAAGAAACAACAAAACAAAAAUAAGAAAGGCUCAAAUGAUGGUAAAAUUAGUAAGCCAAAUGAAUCUAAAUAUAAAGGAAAGACCAGUAGUGGCAUUCCUGUACAAGCGAAAAAGUUUCAACCUCCACCAGGUUUUAAAGCUAAAUAA